AUGGAUCUGAAUUUCGAAUACAUUGCUGCUCAUAUCAGCGAUUAUAUUAAUAAUGAAAACUUUUUCGAUACAUUUGAGAUCGAAGACAUCAAAACAAUCAUGAAAUAUUCACAUUUGACAGCUGAUCAGUACGUUUCUCUUCUCAAACAAUCACAUUCAACUAUUAGUGCCAAAAAAUUAUCUUUAUGUACACGUGUUGCAAAAGUUACUAUCAAAAACUUCGAAGAAAUCGUUUCAAUUUUGAAAUCUGUCAAAAGAUACAUGAAAUUCAGUAUAUGUGAUGGUAUUAUUGAUUUUUUAAAACAGAAUGAGAAAGUAAUAAACUAUUCUACGAACGAACCAGUAAUAGUUCAAGAUAAAUUAAAAGCAUUACAAAAUGAAAAUGAAAAUGCGACCAAAGAUACCACUAUCAGUCAAGCUAAUGAAAAUUACAAUCAUUCACGAGAUAUUUUAACUAAAAUUAA